AUGGCGAGCACACCCACAGAGCUUCCUACUACGACGGGGACGCUUCCUUCGCGCCAGAAACCGAUUCCAUACUCGUUCGAAAACGGGCAGCGUACUCAACUCUCCUCCAUCCUACCACCUCUCGUUUUCGGCACCGCAACUUUCAACCAUCAAUACAAUGACGAUCCGUUUGCUAUGGAUACCACUGGUUUAGUGACCUCAGCUCUCACACAUGGUAUUCGCGCGUUCGACACAUCGCCGUAUUACGGUCCCUCCGAAGAGCUGCUCGGUAAUGCGCUCGCAACACCCUUCGUCCGUGAGACAUUCCCGCGCAACUCAUACAUAAUUCUGACCAAGGUCGGGCGGAUAGCUGGCUCAGAGUUCAACUACAGCAAAGAAUGGGUGCGACAAAGUGUCCGGCGCAGUUUGGAGAGGCUCCACACAGACUAUCUCGAUCUUGUGUACUGUCACGAUGUCGAGUUUGUGAGCCCCGCUGAGGUCCUCGAAGCGGUCCGGGAGCUCAGGCGCAUCCGUGAUGAGGAGGGCACAAUCAGAUACGUCGGUAUAUCCGGAUAUCCACUUGAUGUGCUGGGAGACAUGGCGGAAAUGAUCCUGCGCGAGACAGGCGAGCCACUGAACGCAGUGCAGUCCUACGCCAACUUCACUCUCCAGAACCAGACCCUCGCGGGCCCGCGCGGUAUUCAGCGCCUGCGCAAUGCUGGCGUAGACGUUGUACCCAACGCAUCAAUCCUGGGUAUGGGAUUGUUGCGCCGACAAGGCGUGCCGUGUGGUGCACUGGGCGACUGGCACCCUGCCCCCUCGGCACUGCGCGCUGCAGUGCGCAACGCCAGCGAUUUCUGCGACGGCUACGGCGAGAAGUUGGAAGUCAUCGCCAUUCGCUUUGCGUUGGAGACCUGGGUUUCCGCUGGCGCUCUGUGCGGAUCAUUGGGUGAUCCCGCAUCUGGCGUUCCAUGGAAACCCGAGUCCAACGACGACGUCGGAGGCACAAAGCUUGGUGUGUCUGUCAUCGGUGUGUCGCGCGCGCCUGAGCUUGAGAAGACCAUGCUGGUCUGGCGCUCCAUUCUCGAUGGUCUUGAGGGUGGCGAGCAAACAGCUGUACAAGCUGGACGGUGGUACAGGGCUUUGGAGUGGUCGAGGAACCGAAGGCAAGCUGUGCAGAUCCUAGCGGAGGGCAUCCAGGAGAUUCUUCAGGAUGGCUUCGACUUCGCAUGGGCAAGUCCCGAUCCGGGAUACGUGAUCCAGAAGAAGCAGGAUGUGGUUAAGGAGAGCGAUGCGCCGUGGUUGACACCCGCAGCAAGUCCGGAAGCCAAGCCAGUCAAAGGUGGCGUUGAGGUCGCUGAGGAGAAGAGUUUGCCCUUGCGAUAA